UUUGGUUACUUUUUUCCUUGUCCAUUGCCAUCAUGCUCAUUCUCUGGUUCAUUCUCAUCAAGUCUUAGUUUCUUACCGUGUUACCCACCCAUAUAUAUACGUUUGAACUUCAAAUACGAUUGCGAAUUGAUUCAUCAAACACAAAUAAUAAAUAAAAGCAGUUGAAAUGGAAGUUGCCAUAGCAGUUCCUAUUCACUCUAUGGACUUCAAUUUCCACAGUAACUGCUCCUCCCCUUUCUUCACAGCACCUUCAACCCCGCAACAACAACAACAAAAUGAUUUCGAUUUCGAAUUCGAAUUCAGCGGCCAACUCCAACGACCUUCCCUCUCCGCCGCCGACGAGCUCUUCGACCGCGGCAUGAUCCGCCCUCUUAACACCGCAUCUUCCAUUGAUCCACCACCAACACCAAAAGUAGCAACACAUGAAAGGUUAAGAGAAGAAAAACCGCAAUCGCAAUCGCAAUCGCAACCGCAGCAACAAAAACAGAGUGAUGAUAGCAAAAAAGAGAAGAAAGGCCUCUCAUCCUUAUUCUCCGAAACUGCAAUAUCUUCGUUCUUGUCAUCGAUUUGGUUCAGAAAACGAUACCGGAAAUGGAGGAUAAAGGAUAUUCUACUGUUUCGCAGUGCAUCAGAGGGAAGAUAUAAGGACAACGAUGCAUUCAGAAAGUACGUGGUUCUGUCCAAAACGAAGCCGCAUUACGACGAAGAUGACGACGUCGGGAACUUAAGCUUCCGGUCCACAACGACGACGGCGACGGCGGAGGAGAAUUCCGGUUCGGUGUCGAAACGGAGAGUUUCCGCUCACGAGUUUCAUUACACGGUGAACCGGGCUGCCUCUGAGGAAUUGAAGAAGAAAACAAUGCUGCCUUACAAGCACGGUUUGUUAGGGUGCUUGAGCUUCAAUGCAACUUCUGAUUUACAUCUCAUUAGCUCAAGAGUUAUGUCAAUGGAACGUUCAUGAAUCAUAAAAGGUUAAUCUUCAGUUUGAACAUCGACUGAUCUGAACUUUAUUCAAGAGUCUACUGCGAGGAACAGACAGAAUACUCAACCAAUAUCCAUCAGGCCAAAGCCCAAUGACUAAUCCUUCGGGUACCGAGGCAAAGUGGGCGACUCUCCCAAACACGCAAGUUUCAUUCUCAUCCUCCAAUGAGUAUCGAAGCCAGAAAAGAUGGUUAAGGAACACAGAUACUCAUCUAUAUGUGCCAACUUGCGUUGGUUGGUUUGAAAUUGGUUAGCUUGGUAGCGCGGUGCAUAUAUGUCAUUAAUUUCAUUCAUGUUGUUUCCGUUUCAUCCACAAGGUGAUUGAAAAAUGAAUGAGAAGGGGCGUUUCAAUUUACACACAAGAAUAGAGAAUAUGGAUUUACAUUUACUACACAAGGUUAUUAUUAGUUAUGUCUAUUUUCGUCUUUUACGCUUGUUAUGUUUUUUGUACAUUGUAUGUGGUAGUGGUAGCUUUCAGUUUUUGGUAUAUCGUGUUUAUUCAACGAAAAUCUAUUUCGACU